AAAAGGUUCAUAGCCUCACCAGCUAUGCACCUAAACGCACAUCACUGACUAAUUGCACACACAUCUAUCUCUAUCUCUAUCUAUCAUAGCUUCAUUAUUUUUUAACUAGUCUGCUUUUCUGCAUGCCUUAUUUCUGUUGAUUUUACUAUCUUUUAGCUUGUCUACUCUUCUCUAUGUCUUCUACUUCUUCUAUUUUAUUCUUUUUCCUAUGUUGCUAUGUUUCACUCUUCCAACGGUUUCAACUAUUUCUCGUUUUGUACUGACUUCCGCUUCUGCUAAAUUUUUCCUUUUUGAUUUGUUUCACUGUUCAACUGAUCCAACYAUUUUCUAUUUCUUCUGAUAUCUUCUACUUCUUAAGCUUUUCUCCAUUUUUCUUGCAUUUCUGCAGCAGUCAUUCUGCAAAUAUGCAUUCUCACGGCUGUUUCGCUAGGAACAGCUAUUUUUCUAGUUUGAUUUGACAUUUGCCUUUAACUUUGUUCAGGAAACAUGCAUGCUUUUUUAAAACUUAUUACUGAGCGUUUUUGUGCUGUUUUUAUUUUAUUCUUACUCCAUUUAUGUAAACUGCAGACUAUUUAUUCCUAAGCAUACUCUUUCAUGUGUUUUUUUAUUUUUUUAUAAAUGAGAUUAAAAUGAAAGUCGCUGCCUUCAAUGCGAAGAAACUGGGACUUCGAAAAGUCAAAAACACCAAAGUUUGCAAAUAUCUUAUUGAGAUCAUCUCUCAGUACAGCAUCGUGUUCAUACUGGAGGUGAUGGAUAAAACUGGAAAAGCUCAGAGCUGUUUGUGAUAACUAUGAAAUGGUCUGCAGCUCAGCUCUCGGCAGAAAUGGCUACAAGGAGAAGUUUGUUUGUUUCUAUAGAGAGGAUGAGGUCCAACUAAGAGAUCAGCAUCAGUACGAAGACAAUCAGCCGGGGGACGAAGACGCUUUUGCCAGAGAGCCCUUGAUUCUGCGCUUCAACUGUCCUACCACAGUUAUUAAAGAUCUGGUCCUGAUCCCGGUUCACACCCAACCAAAUGAUGCUGAGAAAGAACUGGACGAGCUCCAUGAUGUGGUCAAAAUCAUGAGAAAUAAAUGGAAAACCUCGAACAUUAUGGUUCUGGGAGACUUCAAUGCAGCUGGUUCAUAUCUUUCAAAGAAGAAGAAGAAAAGGAUACGCAUCUCCUCUCCUCCUUUCUAUUGGCUGAUUGACGACACGGUUGACACAACAACUCACUCUAACGAGCACGCCUAUGACAGGAUUGUGGUGUACACAAAGAAAAUGCAGAAAACCAUCGUCCCCAACUCAGCCAAACCUUUCAACUUCCAAACAGAGUUCGGGCUGGAUACUGAAGAAGCUCUUAGCAUCAGUGAUCAUUAUCCUGUGGAGGUGGAGCUGAAGACGGACAAAUCUGCAGUAAGAAAGAGCUCAGAAGAGAUCCAAACCAGCAGACGAUGAUGGAAGGAAAACUCAAGCAGCAAAAGUAGCGUAAUGAACAGUUACCUUCGCCUCAAAGCUCUGAUUCUGAAACGUCCGACUCUGAAAGUGCUGGCUCUGAAUGGUACGACAGUGAAACAUCCUCCUCUCAGAGGCCCAACUCAUUCAUCCCUGAUAACUUUUUUACAUCCGCUUGAUCUCUACAAUUGGAGUCGCCAUACCUCUGGUUUUCAAAGGAAUAUUGCUCCACGAUUCGUACCAUCUUAUUGCCGUCGAAGUAAACAACCCGUCUUUAAGCCCUUACAAUAUGGGCCGCCCAGGGAUAUACUGGAAGACUUAGAUAAAUUAUAUUGAUGAAAUAAUUAAAACAACAGUUAUGAGGAAACACAUCUAUUAGAAGUGUUACUUGCACCUCUGUUGAUUCUUCUUGCUAUAGCUUAA